AUGAUGCCCGUAGGGGCAGAGCAGUUGUUUGUGGUGGCAGAGCUGGUGGCCGUGGAGGCCGAGGUCGGGGUUAUGGACUACUGGUGGAUUCGGGAGAGAGUGCAGCACCGAGUGUGGCAACUACAUUAUUGUUGGCACGUUUUUCCGCAAGCGGUUCCACAACAGGCUACAGGCGUAUCUCCAGUGGCUGGGGUGCAACAAGGAGCUGCAGUAGCUGAGCAGCCGAGGGCUGCAGUUGUUGGUGUUCCGCCUUAUUUAGAGAUGAUGGUGCAGAUGCAGAGGAUAGUGACACCGUUCUUUGAGGGUGGAGUUGGUCCAGAGGAGGCCGACGAGUGGCGUCUGAGACUGGAGCGCAACUUCCGGUCUAUCAGGUGUCCGGUUGAGUAUCAGGUGGAAUUGGAUGUUCACUAUCUUAGUGGAGACGCACAUUUGAGGAGUAUUGUGAUAUUUGCUAUUCAAGCUGAGCAGAUGAUAAAGCGGGGUUGUGACAUCAAAAUCGUCGCUAGAUACACACCACAAAUGUGCACAUUUGUGGAGACGCAUAUUUGUGCAUUUGUGUUGUGGACAUUUGUAGUGGAGACACACAUUUGUAGUGUGUAUCUGGCGACAAUUUCGAUGUCACAAUCCCGUUUUAUCAUUUGUUCAGCUUGA